AUGACGAUAUCUUACGAUGAGGAGUUCUCCUCGUUAAUGCUAAGAUGGAGAGGAUCGAUUUGGAAAGCGGUUCUAAAAGAUCUGAUUGGUUUUUACAUUGCCUACUAUGUGGUGCUCGCGUUCCAGUUUUACCUUCUCGAUGAAAAAGGCAAAGAAUAUUUCACGGGUUGGAUUAUUUGGUGUGAAAUCGGCGCCCAAUACAUUCCAUUGUCAUUCCUGCUCGGUUUCUUCGUCUCCGUCAUCGUCGCCCGCUGGUGGGAGCAAUUCAACUGGAUCUCGUGGCCCGACAAAAUGAUGAUCAUGGUGUCGGCGUGUCUGCCCGGCAACGAGAAUCUCGCGAUUCGUCAAACAAUCGGACGAUGGAGUAGUUUGCAGGCGGCCAUCGCUUGGUCGGGUGUCUCCAUCAAAACGCUGAAGAGAUUCCCAACUGAACGCCACUUGGUGGCGUCGAAGCUCAUGACAGAGCAGGAGUACGACCUCUACAUGAACACUGAAGCUCCACAUGGCAAAUGGUUCAUUCCGAUCAUGUGGAUCGUCAAUCUUAUAAAGAAGCAAAAGCAGAAGGGCGUCAUCGACUCGAUUCAAAUGGAAAUGCUUCUUAAGCAUGUGUACAGCUAUCGUGACGGCUUCGCCAUGCUGUUCGUCUAUGAUUGGAUCAAAAUCCCGCUAGUGUACACCCAGGUCGUCGCCAUCGCCACCUAUGGUUAUUUCUUCAUUUGCUUGAUUGGCCGCCAACCGAAAUUGGAUCAGAAAUCGAUGGAGAAGGAGAUCACGAUUCUGUUUCCCAUCUUCACCACAUUCCAAAUGCUCUUCUAUCUCGGUUGGCUCAAAGUCGGACAAUACUUGAUGAAUCCAUUCGGCGAGGACGACGACGAUUUCGAGCUCAACUAUGUGCUUGAUCGCAACACCGCCAUCGCUCAUCUCAUGGCAACGGAGCUCGCCGAUCAGCUGCCCGAAAUCGACGCGCCCGCGUAUCCGGCUGUGCCGCACACGAGAGCCUCGUUCAAAAUUCAAGACGUCAUACCGAAAUCGCAUUUGGCCGGAUUCCGAUUGUCCGACACCGAAAUGAAGCUGAUCAAGCCCGAAGAUCUGCAGGAAAGUGAGAAGCUGCUUGAACAAACCAAUACCAACAAUCGCAGAAGAUUGGGAACAUUGGUUAGAGCUUUGGACAAAAAGAACAAGAAUGGAAAUGCAAUUGAAGAAGACGACUAG